AUUAUAAAUAGUUAAUUUACGGCAGGAGGAAGACUUCCAGAACAUCCACCCCGCGCGUGACCCACAAUAGUUGUGUUUGACUUUGUCCUAACGACAUUCCAGUUCGAACCCCUAAUGAGAUGCAAACAAAUAUCGACGGAACCGUCCUGGCACCGACAUUCGGGGAUUAGAUGGUCAGUAUCGCGCCGCCAUGAACGUGACCAGCCUGCUGCUAUUCGAGUCCAUGAAGUACUCCGGCGCUCAGACCCAAGCUGCAUCCAUCAACCAGCACGUGGCCCAGGCAUUGAGGGUGUUCAUAGAGGACUUCUACCAGCGCAUUGCCCCCGCCUUCAUCGUGAUCCUGUCGUGCCGGCGGCCCAGCCCGAUGAACUUCUACCGGAACAUCAUGCAGCUUCUGUACGAGAGUGUGGACACUAUGAUCAUUCAGUUGGUUUUGGUCGAGUUCGGUCGUCCGCGUCGCAUCGAAGGACCACGCACCCAUAACCUUCUCCUGGUGGACUCGCUGGAUGCAUUGCUUGACAUCGAGAUCCACACCUACACUGCCAUGUCGGACGGCAGCGAGUACUACUUCAUCUUCUUGCAACAGCGAGACGCCCUGAUUCCCCAGGACAUGCAGGGCGUCUUCGCGUACUGUUGGCGCCACCAGCUCAUCAACUGCAACGUGAUGACCCAGAGCUCAGGCGGUCAGGUUCUGGUCCACACCUAUUUCCCAUAUGCCCCUGGGCGGUGCAACAACUCGAGUCCCGCAAGGAUCAAUCAGUUCUUAGGUCCAGCCUGGCAAAGUCGAGACUACUUCCCCUCUAAGCUCCGUAAUCUUCACGGCUGUCAGCUAGUGGUCUUGGCCCGGCGGAUCUCUCCCUUCUUCGAGGUCGACGUAAAGCACCAAGUCGUAUGGGGCCUAGAGGGCCACCUUCUGAAGGAAUUGUCGCGGAGGAUGAACUUCAGCAUUAUGUUCGACGGCCUUGAAGAGCAGCAACGGAACCAUACCACCUGGACGGAGCAGAAGCUGCUCCAACAGAUGGUCCAAGGACGCGUAGCUCAUCUUGCCAUUGGUUAUGUGAGGAAGCACAUCCAAUACUCCGGGAACCUGACUGCCGUUUUUCCACACUACUCCAAUAGAAUCAUUGGCUUUGUCUUGCUAAACGCCCACAACCUGACCAGCCUGGAGAUCUGGUCGUUUCCCUUCCAGGCCCUGGCCUGGGUCUGUCUCGUAGUUUGCUUCCUCAUCAUUUCCGGCCUGGUGAUGAUAUACUUUCGACAAACCGUCGGCGGUUUUCGAGGCGACCGCUUGGCCCUGCUUCUGGCGGUUUAUGCCGCCAGCUUGGGCUUGCCCGUCGAGCCGCCUGAGCGGGUAUCAAUGCAGUUACUCUUCGCCAGCUGGCUGUGCUUCACUCUCGUCGUUCGGGCCAUGUACGGAGCCCUGCUGUUCCUCAUCCUGCGCUACCACUUACACCAGCGGUUGCCGGACAGCUUGCAAGACCUGGUUGAUGGGGGAUACACAGCGAUAAUGAGUCGAACCACAUUGCAGGACCUCAGGGAGGUAACUGGCUUUCAGAACAUACUAGAGCUUCGAACUAUCGUCGUAAGCUCUGAGCUAGAGGAGGAGGUCCUGAGACAGCUGGAGCGCUUUUCGGAACGUGAUAGUGCCGGCUCCCACCCGCUAAUCUUUGGACUUAUCUCACAGGAUGCCUUACUCCAGUUGGCGGAACGAGGUCAUCGUGCUGGAGCCUACCACAUGGUGUCCCAGCAAGUUCUGGAGCAACAGCUAGCAAUCUAUCUUCAAAAACACUCGCAUCUGGCCGGCCAUCUGGACCACCUGGUCAUGUCCAUCCGGGCGGUGGGCCUGCUUCACCACUGGGCCGGCCAAGUGGCUAGCGAGCGGUACUUUCGCAGCAGGUACCUCUACCGCGAGAAGCGCAUUCGGCAGUCGGAUCUGUGGGCGGUAUAUGUUCUGGUCGGUGCUCUUUAUAUUUGCUCAGUGUUUGCCUUUAUAUGGGAAGUUGUGUCAGCAAGAAGGUGGCCAGGAGGAAAUGUCGCAUAGAAUAUAUAAAGGUUAUUGACGUUACAGACCCGUAUCUAUAAAAUAAAUAAA